CGUCGCUUGUACAUCUGUGGCAACCAGGGCCAGACGUCUGUCAGGUCGGGAGGACAAGGGCAAGCGUGAGGACAACACGCAGUUGAGUUGAGGAACAGAAAGUAACGGCGCAAUAAUGAUGACCCAGGUGGAGACCACGGUGCACUAUGAUAACGGCUACGAGGAUGAGUACAUGAUGCAGGAAGAUGACUGGGACAGGGACAUGCUGCUGGACCCUGCCUGGGAACAACAGCAGAGGAAAACCUUCACAGCCUGGUGUAACUCCCACCUGAGGAAAGCUGGUACUCAAAUUGAAAAUAUUGAGGAGGACUUCAGGAAUGGACUCAAACUCAUGCUGCUACUGGAAGUUAUCUCAGGGGAGAGGUUACCCAAGCCAGACAGAGGGAAGAUGCGAUUUCAUAAGAUUGCUAACGUCAAUAAAGCGCUGGACUUCAUCACAAGCAAAGGAGUGAAAUUGGUCUCCAUUGGAGCUGAAGAGAUUGUGGACGGUAAUGUAAAGAUGACUCUUGGAAUGAUCUGGACUAUCAUCCUCCGCUUCGCCAUUCAGGACAUUUCUGUGGAAGAAACAUCUGCCAAGGAAGGUCUCCUCCUGUGGUGUCAGAGAAAGACUGCCCCCUACAGGAAUGUCAAUGUCCAAAACUUCCAUGUCAGCUGGAAGGAUGGCCUGGCCUUCUGCGCCCUGAUUCAUAGACACAGACCCGACCUCCUCGACUACUCUAAGCUCAAUAAGGAUGAUCCUCUGGGGAACCUGAACCUGGCUUUUGACAUAGCCGAGAAACACCUGGACAUUCCCAAAAUGCUGGACGCAGAAGAUAUCAUCAACACCCCCAAGCCUGAUGAAAGAGCUAUCAUGACCUAUGUGUCCUGCUUUUACCAUGCUUUUGCUGGAGCUGAGCAGGCAGAGACGGCUGCCAACAGGAUCUGUAAGGUGCUCGGUGUAAACCAGGAGAAUGAGAAAAUGAUGGAGGAGUAUGAGAGACUGGCCAGUGAGCUGCUGGAGUGGAUCCGCCGCACCACUCCCUGGCUGGAGAACCGGACCCCAGAGAAGACCAUGGCAGAGAUGCAGCGGAAGCUGGAGGACUUCAGGGAUUACAGACGCCAGCACAAGCCCCCUAAAGUGCAGGAGAAGUGCCAGCUGGAAAUUAACUUCAACACCUUGCAGACAAAGUUGCGCAUCAGCAAUCGCCCUGCCUUCAUGCCCUCUGAGGGGAAGAUGGUAUCUGACAUAGCCAGUGCAUGGCAAGGCCUGGAGCAGGCAGAGAAAGGCUAUGAGGAGUGGCUCCUUACAGAGAUCCGUAGGUUGGAGAGGCUAGACCAUCUGGCUGAAAAGUUUCGCCAAAAAGCCACCAAUCAUGAGAACUGGGCCAGCGGUAAAGAACUGAUCCUCUCCCAGAAGGACUACGAAGCAGCCACCCUGACAGAAAUCAGAGCAUUGCUUCGAAAACACGAGGCCUUUGAGAGUGACUUGGCAGCCCACCAGGACAGAGUGGAGCAGAUUGCCGCCAUUGCACAGGAACUAAAUGAGCUGGAUUACCACGACGUUGCUGCUGUGAACCAACGCUGCCAGAGCAUCUGUGACUUGUGGGACAAGCUGGGAACCCUGACUCAGAAGAGGAGAGAGGCACUGGAGCGAACAGAUAAGCUGCUGGAGACUAUUGAUCAGUUGUUCUUGGAGUUUGCCAAGAGGUCGGCUCCUUUCAACAACUGGAUGGAUGGAGCCAUGGAGGAUCUCCAGGACAUGUUCAUAGUGCAUACUAUUGAAGAGGUCCAGAGUCUAAUCGCAGCUCAUGAGCAGUUCAAAGCUACUCUACCUGAGGCUGAUGCAGAGAGACAGGCCAUAUUGGGAAUCCACAAUGAGGUGCAGAAGAUUUCCCAGAGCUAUGGGAUCAAGGCCAACAUUAUCAACCCCUACAGCACCAUCACAAUUGAAGAGCUUCUGAACAAGUGGGAAAAGGUGAAGAAGCUGGUUCCUCAGAGAGAUAGUGCCCUCCAGGAGGAAAUGGCACGCCAGCAUGCCCAUGAAAGGCUGAGACGACAAUUUGCUGCCCAGGCUAAUCUCAUUGGACCCUGGAUACAGGCCAGGAUGGAGGAAAUUGGACGUUGCUCCCUGGAGAUAGGAGGCACCCUGGAGGACCAGAUGACCCAGCUGAAACAAUUUGAACACAUCAUUGUUGCUUACAAGCCCAACAUCGACAAGUUGGAGGGAGACCACCAGCUAAUCCAAGAGUCACUGGUGUUCGAUAACAAACACACCAACUACACUAUGGAGCAUAUCCGUGUCGGGUGGGAGCUGCUCCUCACAACCAUUGCCCGAACCAUCAACGAGAUUGAGACCCAGAUCCUGACCCGGGAUGCCAAAGGCAUCAGCCAGCAGCAGAUGAAUGAGUUCCGAUCCUCUUUCAACCACUUUGACAGGAAGAAGAAUGGAGCAAUGGACACUGAUGACUUCAGAGCCUGCCUCAUUUCUAUGGGUUAUGACUUGGGAGAGGUGGAGUUUGCCCGUAUAAUGAUACUUGUGGACCCCAAUGGUACAGGAAUAGUCUCUUUCCAGUCUUUCAUUGACUUUAUGACCAGAGAGACUGCUGAUACAGACACUGCCGAGCAGGUUGUGGCAUCCUUCCGGAUCCUGGCAAGUGACAAGCCCUACAUACUAGUGGAGGAGCUAAGGAGAGAACUUCCUCCUGAACAAGCAGAGUAUUGCAUCAUGAGGAUGCCACCUUACACCGGCCAUGGAGCACCUCCAGGAGCACUGGACUACACUGCCUUCUCCACCGCCCUCUAUGGAGAGAGCGACCUUUAACCCCCUGCCUUCCAUCUCAAUGAAUUUAAGGAAUCUAUAAGAAAGUUGGAUCAAAUAUGUUGAAUGAAUUGUUUGUGUGACCAUAGUUUUCUGAUGCAUUAGACUGUCUACAAUCAAGCUGAGCAUUGUCAUGUGUCUUUGUACGCUUGGAUAAAAUAUUCCCCCUAAACAAAAAUGUAUUGCCAUGUUAAAAAUAUAUUGUGAGAAGCGGUGCAUUGUACAUUUUAUCUUGUGUGUUGUGGUAUUUGUGCAGAAAGUAGGGUUCUGUGAUGAAGGUAAAGCUAGAGGAGAAAUUCUCUCCAUAAAUACAGAUCACAUGAAAGUCCUGUUUUGUGUAGCAGUGUCAUGCAUUAUAUUUCCUCGCAGUGCCUUUGUUUUGAGAAUACAAUCUUUUGAUAAGGCAUUUUGAGAUGUUUUAAAGUGAAUUACAGUUUGUAAAAGCAAUCUUAGACCGACUGUGAUCCAACAAUAAACAGGGCAGAAAAUGGGUUCACAGAAGGCCAAAAUAUACAGUAUCAACAAAGGAAAAGUGGAAUACCGCAUGAAUGCAAGAGUAAAUGUUUAAAAUUGCUCAGUGGUUUAAAGGCAGAGAACACUGAAGACCAAAUGUGCAGUAUGCAUGAGUAAUGUUUUAAGAAAACAUUUUCUCAGGCAGAAACAAACAUGUUAAUGCUUACAUGUUCCCAAAAAUAAGUACAAUAAACUCUAAAAAUAAAUACACUAAUAUGAAAAAAAGAUCAAAUGAAGCACAAUAGGUUAAGUCGUCAGUGUUACCAGCCAAAUAAAAAAUAAAAAAAAGUAGUACACACCUAAAGCCUUCAUUUUGGCACAUUUUAAUGUGUGUGCUGACUAAAUAUGUUUUCUUUUGUAGUCAAGUGUUUCCCAAUUUUUCUUUGGCACAUUUUAAGACCUAUUGUUAGUAGAAAUAUUCGCUCAUUCCUGAUUUGUCCAAAUCACAUAGCUCUUUGGCUACAUUCACCUUUCAGUAUAUUCAUGUUUGAUACCAUUUGAGCAUCAAAUUAAGAAAAAGUAUUUAAGGAAUAUCCGAAUAGUUAAUUGUCACAAAUAGAAAAGUGGCAAUGACCUAAUGAAAAUGUGCUCAUUAUGUACACGCUCAUAACAUGCUAAUUCUCUGUAUAUUACUCUCUGCUCAGUCUUUGAAAACAGUCUAAUGAAAAACAAUGAUAAAAUCCUUUGUGUUCAAUUUCACACCCAUUGGCAAUUUGUGAACCCUGCAAAUGCAAAAAUACUGUGAAAGUAAUGGCAUUUUCUGUCAAGAGGAUCAUUGGCCACUUCACACAAACUGAACACAAGGCACCGGAGCACACUAUAUUAAUUUAAUAUUUAGAUGCAAGCAGUUCCCUUUAAAAGAGAAGUUUAUUUUUACUGUAACAAAUGAACAUUGUUUGACAACACCAAUCUCUAAAGGUUUGAUUUGUUGUAGUUUGAUAGGAAAAUUAAGAUGCUCAGGCUGUACUGAUGCCUCAAAGGCAUUUGCUGGCUCAGUUAUCACAGAAUUCAGUGAGUUAAACUUUGUACUUGAGGGUAAUGAAUUAAUUAAAUAAAGUGCUUGUGACGAA